GACAGUCGCUCCGCGCUGCUCACUACCGAACAUAUUUUGUUGGUGUUUAUUCGUUUUUCACAAGGUUGUCGCCGGAACUGGUUUGACGUGAGUGUAUAUUAACGUUCGGACGAGUAUCUUUUAGUCCGUUUUCGUCCAUCAUGAAACAAAUCGUCGUGCUGAUGUCGCUCGCGCUGGUGGCCGUCGUCGCCGCCGAGAAGAUCACACCCUCGGAGCAGUGCCAAGGAGCGAACUUCGAUGACCUGCGUGGGCGCAUCCAGGUGUCGCCUUGCGGCAAGACGCGCUGCAAGCUGCGGAAGGGCACAGACAUACAUGUCCACUUCCGGUUUAACCCCACUAGCGAGGUGAAGCAGCUAUCGAACAGCGUGUGGGCGACCAUCGGCGGCAUCCCGCUGCCGUUCCCCGGCGUGGACGGCUCGUCGGCCUGCGAACACGUCUCCAACGCCGCCGACGACUCCUCGGCGCCCUGCCCCCUCGCCCCCGGCAAGGAGUACAAAUACGAGAACUCCUUCCACGUCGAAGACUUCUACCCUGAAGUCGGCAUGCGCGUCCACUGGGGCCUCAACGACGGCAAGAAAGACGUUAUCUGCUUCGAGGUGCCCGCCGUCAUUGUGAAGGCGUAGUCACGUGACCAGUGUGAAGUUAGCGCGUAUGCGCGGAAUUCGUACAUGAGCCUAUAUGCCAAUAAUCUAAGUAAUGCUACUGUAAAUUAUAAUAUAUCCUAAUUAAUUAUGAUAUAAGUCGUAGUAU